AUGGUUCUUUCUUUUGUUGGGAAGAUACAAAAAGGUAUCUCACAUUUUGUACACAAAAGGCAUGAUUUCAGUGAAGAGCUGGUGGCAGAGGAUGUAAGGGAAGGAUAUUUUGCUGUUGUUGCAAUGAAGGAUGGAGAAAUUAAAAGGUUUAUCAUUGGGUUAGAGUACUUGAGUGAUCCUGAAUUUAUAGGACUACUUGAUCAAGCUCAGGAAGAGUAUGGUUUCAUGCACAAAGGAGCUAUUGCUGUCCCUUGCCAGCCUCAACAGUUACAGAACAUUAUAGAUGGUCAUAGAUGA